GAGGGCCGCUGUAUGGAGACAGUCUAUGGCUGAGGAGCCGAGCAAGUACCGGCUGGAGCGGGAGGUGGGCCGCGGCAGUUACGGGGUGGUGUAUGAGGCGACGGUGAGUGAUUCGGGCCGGCGGGUGGCGGUGAAGCGGAUCCGGUGCAGUGAGCCCGAGACAGUGGAGAUGGCGCUGCAGGAGUUCUGGGCGCUGCGGAGUAUUCAGAGUCAACACCCCAAUGUUCUCCGCCUGGAGGAGUGUCUGCUGCAAAAUGGCCCAGGCCCGACCUCCAUCCAACCAAUCAGCAGCCGCCGCCGCAAACCUCCCACUCAGCUGCUCCUGGUAGAGACUUGUCUGAAGGGACGUCGCUCCGCGGGGGAGGGAUCGUCUUUCCUCUGGUUCAUUACGGAGUAUUGUGAUGGAGGCAACUUCAAUGACUUUCUACUCACCCGGGCCCCCGACCCCCGGCUGCACCGGACUUGUAUGAAACAGCUGAGCGGGGCCCUGGCCUUCCUGCACCGCAACCACAUCGUCCACCGGGACCUCAAGCCCGAGAAUGUGCUCGUGUGUCUGGAGCCCGCGGGGCCACAACUCAAGGUCGCAGACUUUGGUCUCAGUAAAGUGUGCCAAGGAAACGUAAAUGUAAACCAGCACCGUCUCUCUUCAGCCUGCGGCUCGGAUUUCUACAUGGCACCAGAGGUUUAUGAAGGUCGUUACACCGCAAAAGCAGAUAUUUUCUCACUUGGUAUUCUUUUUUGGGCCAUGGUUGAAUUGAUUACUUUCAGGGAUGCAGACUCACAAAAGGAACUGCUAGGUGUAUAUAUCUGCCAAGGUAAGAACCUUAUUUCUGUUGGAGAAGCACUUCUGGAGAACCCGAAUCUGGAACUCCAAAUUCCUUUAAAGAACAAAAAGUCAUUACCGCAGGAUGUUUGCAAACUUAUAUUGGACAUGUUGGCUCUGAAUUGCAAAGAGAGACUGGAUGCAUUCCAACUGGAGAUUAGAAUCGAACAGCUGUCGUACGGAGAGAAACUGCAAAGAUCUGGAUCAUAGGAUCUCAAGUCGGGAUGCCCAGAGUCUGUAUCAAGACAAACCUAAAAACUAACAACAUACUUUUUCUACUGGCCGUUAGCCUGAAGCAGUUUUGAUUGAGUGGGUACGUAUGCACCGUUGUUGUACACUUACCCGUUGGUUCAGUCUAGAUAAAAUGGCUGCCUCUCUUUGACUUGAGACUUCAGGAUUUUAACUCGGUGGAUGAGUGAUGCUAUACCUUGUUAAAAAAAAUCGAAUGAGAUGUGUGAGAACGUGGAAACAUUUCUGUCUUAUAUUAAAAUAAAAUUCAGGGGGAAUUUAAUUUUAAUCUAUUAAAAUGGAAUGAAUUCCA